AUGGCAAACGCACUAGCUAUACAGCCGGGCCCCGGAGAUGUUUCCUGGGUCACACCUUACUUGCGUGGGGACGAGAUUCCAGCGCGCCAAGACCCACCCGCUGGCACAUACACCCCCCAGGGCCUCAUACCUGGACAUGCAGACGUUACUGCUGCUGAGAAAGGCGACGGACAUGGCCUUGGAUCGGUGACAUAUCAUCAAUAUUCUGAGGAUCCGGCUGCGAUAAUCACCGGAAAUGAGAAUGUCACAACUUCUUCGCCGUCUUUGGCCUCGUCGUACUCGAACCUUACAUCUUGUGGUCUCACCAACAGCUUUGAGCUCACCAGUCCAGAUUGGUUCCAUCUUCUGAUGGACUUGCUGGAGACAAAUUUUGAUGCAAAUGGGACACUUACGACAACCAUCGGUGGAGUUGAGUAUACGCAACCAUUGAACGAUACCUAG